AUGUUUUAUUCAUGUAUUUAUGUUAACAGGCUCCGGUUUGCUUUAUACCAGAGUGUACAUGCUAUGGUAUUUGCAGUUGAUGAAAUCAACAAAACUCCUCACUUUCUGCCAAAUGCAACCAUUGGAUUUGGAAUUUAUGAUUCCUGCGGGUUAGCUACAAGAGCUAUUCAAGGCACAAUGCAGAUACUCACAGGCUUAAAACUACAGAUCCCAAAUUAUCGUUGUGAGAAAAAGAAGCCAAUUGCUGCCAUAGUAGGAGAUGCUGCAUCUAGGAAUUCUGUUCCUGUAGCCCAGUUACUUGGAAUUCAUGGACUGCCACAGGUUAGUUAUGGUUCUACAGUGGCAUUGCUCAGCAACAAGAAGCAGUUCCCUUCCUUCCUCCGCACAGCUCCUAGUGAUAAAUUUCAGUCUAUUGGCUUAGCCCAUCUGAUAAUAUAUUUUGGUUGGACAUGGGUAGGAAUAUUGGCAGAGGAAAGUGACUAUGGACAGCAAGGCAGUCAGACCAUUAAAGAAGAGCUACUUAAGACUGCAUCUUGUAUUGCAUUCUUUGAAUCAAUUCCUGAGAUAUUAAAUGAGAAAAAGUCUCAAAGAAUCAUUGAUAUCAUCAAGGGAUCAUCUGCAAAUGUCAUUCUUGCCUUUUCAAAUGAUGACAUUUUGAAUCCUGUCAUGGAAGUCAUAGCCAAGCAUAACAUAACUAACAAGAUAUGGCUUGCCUCAGAUGGAUGGUGUUUCUCCCCCAUCUUUUCUAGAAAUAAUUUUGCUAAAAUGUUAAAUGGGACCAUUGCAUUUAUGUCCAGAAAAGGUGAGAUGCCUGACUUUAAAGAAUACCUUCUGAAUGUUAACCCUUUCAAAAGCCAUAAUGACAUUUUUUUGAAGGAGUUUUGGGAGGAAGCAUUUGGUUGUAAAUGGUGGUACCAUAAUUUGAGUCAGCCUGUGAAGAACACAGUAAAUGAAGUUGCACAACUUUGUUCUGGGAAUGAAACACUAAAAGAACUGAAUAAUUCUUUUACAGAUGUCUCGUCAUUAACAACACCCUACAAUGUUUACCAAGCAGUCUAUGUGGCUGCACAUGCUUUGCAUGACAUGUCAUCAUGCACCACAGGUUAUGGUUUGCUGGAAAAUGGAUCAUGUCCUGACAUAUAUGACUUUAAACCUUGGCAGCUUCUGUCAUAUAUGAAAAAAGUGUACUUUAGAAAUAAAGUUGGUGAUGAAAUAUUCUUUGACCUGAAUGGGGACCCACCAGCAGUUUAUGACAUUCUGAACUGGCAAGCAAACCUGAAUGAGUUGUCUAAGUAUGUUGAGGUUGGGCGAUAUGACACCAGUGCCACCCCUGACUUGGUCAUCAGAGAACAUCAGAUUUUAUGGAAUGGAGAGCAUACCCAGAUCCCAAAGUCUAUAUGCAGUGAGAGUUGCCAUCCAGGAUAUAGAAAAGCUAAUCUCCCUGGCCAGCCCAGAUGCUGUUACACCUGUGUUUUAUGCCCUGAAGGAGAAAUUACUAACCAAAGUGAUUCCAAUAGUUGUUGGAUGUGCCCUGAAGAUUAUUGGUCUAGUUCUGCCAGAAAUCAUUGCCUUCCAAGAACCAUAGAAUAUCUCUCCCUUGAAGAACCCAUAGGCAUCAUUUUGACAUCUGCCUCUAUUAUCUGUGCAUUAAUUCUUGGAACAGUGCUAACCAUCUUUUUGAGAAACAGAGACACUCCAAUUGUGAAAGCCAAUAAUCGCAGCAUCAGUUACCUUCUUCUGGUUGCCCUCACAAUGUGCUUCCUUUCUUCUUUGAUGUUCAUUGGCUACCCAGGUGAACUAACAUGCCUACUACGACAAGCCACCUUUGGCAUAGUCUUCACUCUCUGUGUAUCCUGUGUGCUGGCAAAAACCGUUAUGGUAGUGAUAGCCUUCAAUGCCACAAAACCAAACAGCAGCUUAAAGAACUGGAUCAGGCCUGCUUUGCCAAACAGUAUUAUAUUUCUCUGCACCAUUGUUCAGAUUAUUCUGUGCAUUUUCUGGUUAACUAUUUCUCCUCCUUUUCCAGUAAGGAACAGGAAUGUGCAAUAUGAUAAAAUCAUUAUUGAAUGCAAUGAGGGCUCAGGCAUUGCCUUUUGGUGUUUACUGGGGUAUCUGGGGCUUUUAGCAAGCAUAAGUUUUGUUGUUGCAUUCCUGGCUAGAAAGUUACCUGACAGUUUUAAUGAGGCUCAGUUUAUUACAUUUAGCAUGCUGGUAUUUGUUAGUGUGUGGCUGUCAUUUAUCCCUGCCUACCUGAGCACCAAAGGGAAGUAUAUGGUUGCAGUUGAGAUCUUUGCGAUCUUGUCAUCAGGUGCUGGCUUGUUCUCUUGUAUAUUUCUGCCUAAAUGUUACAUUAUUCUUCUGCAGCCUGGGAUGAACACCAGAGAAUAUCUAAUGGGUAAAGGAAAUGUCAGCCUUAAGCAAAGCAAAUAA